GAGCUCAUGCUGCAUGCUUAUUCGUGAGCGCGUGUUCCGAGGGUUAGCAACGCAAGAUGUAAGAGGCGAUCGAUAAAAUCGCUCUAACAUACACAAAACAGACACACACAAACAAAAAAAAUAACACUAAUAAUCGGCUGUAAUUCAAUCAAAAAAUUAGUAUACUAUUUAUCAAUAUAUACAUAAACACAUUCUAAGCUUGCUGAUAUGCUCUCCACGGCAGCAAUUUGAACCCCAAAGUGCAAGUGCUUUUACACACUCGAAAGUUAAAUGGAAUUCGGAGCAUUUAUUUUGUAAAUAAUCUUAUAGGAAGAAGAGAUGUCUAAAACCAUAAACGCGUAUAGAAUUAAGAAAAUUGAGAGUCUAGGAAAAAUGACGGCAAUGAGCCAGGAAGAGAUCGUUUCCGCAGUCAGAACGGUGGCCCAAGGGCUGGAGGCCCUUCGUUCUGAACAUGCCGGUAUGCUGCACGGACUCCACGAGGCUCCCGAUCCGGUGGCCAACGAAAGGGCCGGUAUGGUGCAGCACAGCGCCGAGAUGAUCGAACUUGGACUUGGCGAAGCACAGGUCAUCAUGGCGUUGGCGGCUCACCUUCAGAUGGUGGAGGCUGAGAAGCAGAAGCUUCGUACUCAGGUGCGUCGUCUCUGUCAAGAGAACGCCUGGCUUCGAGAUGAGUUGGCGUCUACGCAGCAACGUCUUCAAGCCAGUGAGCAAGCUGUGGCUCAGCUGGAGGAAGAGAAGCGCCACAUGGACUUUAUGGCUUACGUCUCUCGCUACGAUCAGGAUGUCACCGAUGAAAAUCAAGGAGAUCAGUCGAGAUCGGAGAAAACCGAUCCGGUCGUCGAUCUCUUCCCUGACGACGAUAACGAGGAUAGGAACAAUAUGUCGCCAACACCUCCAAGUCAGUUAGCCCAGCAAGUGAACGCAGGAUACGAGAUCCCAGCAAGAUUACGGACACUACAUAAUUUGGUCAUCCAAUACGCUUCCCAGGGCCGCUACGAGGUGGCAGUGCCAUUGUGCAAACAGGCUCUCGAGGAUUUGGAAAAAACCAGCGGACAUGAUCAUCCCGAUGUUGCGACCAUGCUUAACAUUCUCGCUUUGGUCUAUAGGGAUCAAAAUAAGUACAAGGAAGCUGCGAAUUUGUUGAACGACGCUUUGGCCAUCAGGGAGAAGACUUUGGGCGAAAAUCACCCGGCGGUUGCUGCGACUCUGAACAAUCUGGCUGUCCUCUACGGAAAGCGCGGAAAAUACAAGGAGGCCGAGCCGCUGUGUAAGAGGGCGCUGGAAAUCCGCGAAAAGGUCCUUGGAAGGGAUCAUCCGGACGUCGCUAAGCAACUCAAUAACUUGGCCCUGCUGUGUCAAAAUCAAGGCAAAUACGAGGAGGUCGAGAGGUAUUAUCAACGCGCGUUGGAGAUCUACGAGAAGCGCUUGGGACCGGACGACGCGAACGUUGCCAAGACCAAGAACAACUUAGCUUCCUGUUACUUGAAGCAGAGCAAAUACCGCGAGGCGGAGGGUCUCUACAAGCAAAUCUUAAAUAGAGCCCAUGAACGCGAGUUUGGUACCAUCAACGGUGAUAACAAGCCGAUUUGGCAGGUGGCCGAAGAGAGGGAGGAGAACAAGGCGAGGAACAGGGAGAACGCACCGUAUGGAGAAUACGGGGGAUGGCAUAAGGCGGCCAAAGUUGAUUCGCCGACGGUCACCACCACCCUUAAGAACCUGGGCGCCCUCUACCGGCGACAGGGCAAGUACGAAGCCGCAGAAACUCUCGAGGACUGCGCCCUCAGAUCCAGAAAAGAACAUGUGCAACAAGCUUUGGAUAUUGUGAAACAAUCUCGAGUCAGCUCGUAUCUGGGCUCGUCAAGGAAACCUAGUGCAGGUAAAGAGAGGACUUCUCGCAGGGGAUCCAGGGAGUCCUUGGACAUGAACUACGAGGGAGACGAGAACAAUACGGCCCGGACACCAGACAACGAAAAGUCCGGCCUUAAAACGAAACUGUUCAAUGCCCUUGGGAUCCACUCGCCGACACCGAACAAGCCCAGCUCUUAAAAAAAAAGCAAAACAAAAACACGCAUUACAUAUAAAACAAAACACUUAUUUAUAUACACCAUAUAUAUAUAUAAUAUUUAACCAAUUCUGUUUUUUGUUCCUUCAAACUCUCGAAUCUUAAUUAUUAUUGUUUUGAAGAAGGAGAUAACUAAAGGCUUAAACUACUUCAAUUUCUUUCUUAUUGUUUUUUUCUAUAUAUAGCAACGCACUUGUGAUUUAUCGAAAUCUAAUUUAUUAUCGAUUAGUUAUAAUUUUAUAUAGAUACAUACUAUGUAUAAUUAUAUAUUAAACGAAGCGAGAAACUGGCUCAUAUUUGCUAGACUAUUUUCAUAUUUCGAGCUACUACAAUUUAUAUACUUACACACAAUUCAAACAUCGGUUUAGGUAAAUCUUCAAAUUACGUUGAUCGCAAUAAUUAAUCCACAUUCCACAUUAAUCUCACUCUUUAUAUCUCUAUCCAUUAUCUGUUUGUUCGUUGUUUUUUUUUUUUAAUUUUACUAUUACAUAUUAAUUAAUUAUUUUAUAAAUUUUACCAUUUGGUUGUGUAUCAGUAAUGCCUUUGUCACUUUGAAGUUUGAUUUUAAACUGUACAAAAGGCGUGCGCGCCUCCGCUUCGACCCGUUUCCGUUCCAUCGGGUCCGAACGUAUCGAAACAAAGAACUAUUAAAAUGGAAACACUUCCGGUCAGAAUCUUCCGAGCAAACUUAGUUAGAUUUUUGCAGUCGACUUAGGGUUACUUUCGCCUGUGAGCUGAAAUUAUUUAAAAGAGACAGAGAGAGAGA